UGUAAAUUACGAUCGGGAUUUUUGGGAAAGACAGUCGAUCAUAUUUCGUGAAAACAUCAGGUAAUUCUGACGGGGAAAAUAACAGCAAUUAAGUUGAAUCGUUCGCCGUAAAGAGGACAGGAGGCUGCAGCCUGCAAAAGGAAUCGUGACAGGAUGUCUAAAAUAGAGCGCCUGAAUGCCCGUGUGGCGAAGCUCCUGACGGUGGCCGUGCAUGAGGUGCUGGAGGUGGUGAAAGAGACCGUGUCGGAGUACCAGGAGAAGACCGCUCGGACGCAGAGGGAAAACGAGAGCCUCAAGCGGAGGCUGCAGGAGCUCCAGGAUAAGCUCAAGAGAGUGCGCAUCGGGGCUGUGCAUCCUGUUGCUUUUCCUGUUACUGGAGAGAGGGACCUGGCUGAGCACUGUGACCGGGAGUGGAGCCCUGGGCUGAGGACAGAUUCAGACUUUGCAGCUUCUGGGGAGAAACAGGAGUUCCAUGAGCAGCCUGUGGUGAAGGACAGUGGUGAUGAGAGUCGAGAGCUGGAACUGGCUCACCUGGCAGAGCCGGAGACUGAGUGUGACAUACUGGUGUCCGAGUUAAACGCCAUGAGCUCUGAUUGUGUCGAUACAGCACUGUCUGUGUUCCAGCCUCAGCCGGUGCAGGGUAAUGGUAAUCUGGGUGCCAUACAUAACGGCACCCUUACGGAACCUAUGUGUUCCAAUCCUGACUAUUGCAUUCUACCAAGUUUGGCUUCUGAUGAAAUUAAAACGGAGCCGGAACCAGUGGAAUACGCAGCCGCGGCUCCGCACAUGCAUCAAGGGAACUGCUAUGACCAUACUGAAUCUAGUAGCAAUGUGCCACAUAGCGAAUCUGGAGGCGAUGCCCAGCAGGUCAACACAGGGACGCAUGGAAUGCUGUACAUGCAGCCAGAUCACAGUGCGUUGGAGGACAUCUUUACAAUCACAAAAAACAUGAGGUGUUCUGCAGACACCCAGAAAAGAAAUCAGAACCCCAGGCUGGAAGAGCAACAUCGCUGUGUCCUGUGUGGUAAGACGUUCAGCCGGGUUGGAAAUCUCCGGAUACAUCAGCGGUGCCACACUGGGGAAAAACCGUACUGCUGCAUACAGUGUGGAAGAUGCUUUAGCCAUGCGGGAAAUCUUAAAAAACACAAGCGAGUCCACACAGGGGAGAGGCCAUACAGCUGUCACCAGUGUGGCAAAACCUUCAGUCAAUCAAGUCACCUGAAGAAGCACCAGAAAAUUCAUAUUAUCAGACACCUGAGUGUGGGAUGAGUGGUCAGAAUGAAAUAAUCUGCAGUCACAGUGUAUUUUAAAAUGAAUUGCUGUAAAAAAUGUUCAAUAUAGCAUAUUUAUGAUACUUUACCAUUUGUAUGAGUAUGUGGGAUUUCUUUAGUUCUUUCAUAUCACGUCUUACUAGGUGAGAGUGAGGUUUGGGGGUUAGAGUGCUCGAACGGCACCCCAAAACAGUUUUCAAGAUCAUGCUUAAGGUGAACAGUAAUAAAAUUACUAUGCCAGUCACGGGAUUCAACCCAGCAGCCAUCCAGUCACAGACAUGGAGUCCUAGCCCAUAGAGCAGUGGUAUUCACACUCUGGGGCAGAAAGGAAUUGGAGGGGGGGGGGAAGGGGGCACAGGUACUGUAUAGGGAAAAAAAAGCAACUGUAGAGGGGGGCUGUUGAGCUGCAACCUUUAGAAAUAUUAAAAAUAAUGUGAACACAAUAUGUCCAUACACAUUAUAUGGUGCUGCCAGUUUAAAAUAAUAUGUGAAAUAGGCACCAUGUACUGAAAAUAUUGAACUGUUAUCGCUAGUGGCGUAACGUAAGUUUACGGUGGGAGAGCUGCUCAGUUAAUGCUUACAUACUUGGAGGAACCAUGGAGAAAUUUUUAGCUGCUGGUAUUUAAAAAAAAUGUGAUGGCAAAGUAACACCUAAAACAAGAAAAAACAGAAAAUAUGAUGACCCUCAUCUGGCAGCUUGACUUCAAUUAUUGUCAGUGGAGAGGUAUGGUCCUUUUAUGUGGUUUGUGCAUGUAACAGCAGUAGGCCGCAUGCAGGCACCUUCUUCCCAUUGCAUUGCAGGGCAAAGUUUAUUUAUGAUCUUUGUGUGUGUGUGUGUGUGUGUGUGUGUGUAGGGGGGUUCAAGACAAACAUUAGCUCUAGGGGGCUAUGUGAGAAAGUUUAGCCUUCCAUAUUCUGUUGUUUAGGAUAAAGAUCUUAUUAUGGCAGAAAAUUUGAUAAUUGAAAUAUACAGCUUGUACACAGAGAAAUUUCAAAUUUUACAUUUACCUUCAUCCCUGUUUUAAAUUCAAUCAAGCUCUGUUAUUUGGUGGGUGCAGAAUUGUUAUUCAUAGCUGUACACCUAUGAAACUUUUUUUUCUGAAUAUACAGUACAGGCCAAAAGUUUGGACACACCUUCUCAUUCAAUGUAUUGUCUUUAUUUUCAUGACCAUUGGUACAUUGAACCAUCUACAUUGGUAGAUUCUCACUGAAGGCAUCAAAACUAUGAAUGAACACAUGUGGAGUUAUGUACUUAACAAAAAAAGGUGACAUAACUGAAAACAUGUUUUAUAUUCUAGUUUCUUCAAAAUAGCCACCCUUUGCUAUGAUUACUGCUUUGCACCCUUGCUAAACACCUCUGGGAACUCCUUCAAGACUGUUGGAAAACCAUUUCAGGUGAAUACCUCUUGAAGCUCAUCGAGAGAAUGCCAAGAGUGUGCAAAGCACAUUUUGAAGAAACUAGAAUAUAAAACACGUUUUCAGUUAUGUCACCUUUUUUUGUUAAGUGCAUAACUCCACAUGUGUUCAUUCAUAGUUUUGAUGCCUUCAAUGAGAAUCUACCAAUGGUCAUGAAAAUAAAGACAACACAUUGAAUGAGAAGGUGUGUCCAAACUUUUGGCCUGUACUGUAUGAAAAUAAUUUUAAUAGGAUAACAUUUAAAAAGCUAUAUUAAAUUACUUGAAAAUAUUCUUGGUUACUUGUUUUGACUUUUGGGACUUUAUAGAAAGGGCUCUGUAGUAUCGCUGCACAUAUCUUCCUCAAAUAUACAGUCUGGAAAAAUUACUCCAAUAUAUGUAGAGGUCAAGUAAAGGUGAAACCCUUUCAAUUCCAAGUGAUCUACACAUGUUCAUGUUUAAAUCUUACCAAGUUCAUGGUGCCUUUGGGAAAGAAAACACUUUCAAUGGAAAACAUCUAUCUCUCUUCCACCCACUUAUCCAAUAAAGGUAAGGCAAAGCAAAACGUAUAAUUAAAAGCAGCAGCCAGAACUGACAGUUUUUUUUUUUUUUUUAUUCCAACAGUCAUUUUCAAUAUUUGGAAACAUUUCAUAAAUGUUAAAACAACCUAACAAGUGCCCAGGUGCUUUGUAAGAGAAUAGGAGCACUUAGAUCCUGGUCGUAGCACCACUAAAAGGUGACUGCAAAUGCAAGUAAAUUGUUGGCUAAACGCUAUUGAUAGCCUAUGAGGAGCUUUAGAAAAUAAUCUUGCACUCGGUGUAUCUUUAAUCAUGAUCUGCUAACUCUUAUCUAUCAGAAAAUAUUUCAAAUAAAUCACUUUGAUUUUGAUGGUGAAGCAUGUACUAUUGUGGAAUUAAAUUUUUAGUACAUGACAGGAACCGUAAGUUCUCAACUGUUUUGUAGACUGCAGAUAACCAACACACCUUGACUCGUUUAGAUGGGACACAUGGUGACAUGGUGAUUGUACACUCUAGGGUUCUGUUUAGGUAAGAAACAGAUGUUACUUAAUCUGUUGUUUUUCCAACAUACACUUUCUUCUGAUGGUGGGUAACACAAAUGGGUAUGUAAGGGUAGUUCUGAUUUGCUGCCUGGUGAAGGUUAGCAUAUAAGAGGGAAGCCCUGAAUGUAUUCUUUGAAUAUGAAUGUCUAUGCUUCCACACUGUAAUGCUAAUAAAGCCUUCUGUGACUGA